GCCUCCCUUCUGCUGCUACAGGUUUCAUCAUUCAAUGACAAAUGUUGGAACCAGCUGUGUGUCAAUGGUCACUGCGUCUGUGCACCGCAACAGGAAGGACUGCCCAUGUGGUCCAUACCUGUCAUCUUUUUCUGUGUUUUAACGAUUGGCUGUGCCUGCUUCACAAUGCUGUGUAAAUGGUGCUGCAAAGCUUGCAGGGAAGAGGAUGUUGUCAACAAUCCACAAGAGCCAAUAAGAGGCCCUCCCAUUCCACCUCCAGCCUUUGCCCCACCUACGCCUUCAGCGAACCAGUUCAGGGAUCCUCCACCCUACAAUGAGGUCGCUUGGAAGCCGUACCUUUACCCACCCCCCGUGGGCCAGCCACCUGCUUAUGACAAUAUCGCUAUGGUGGAUCUUUCAUUUGUGGACAUUUCCCAACCUCCUGCAUCGGUGCCCAAGGUCACAUCUGAAGAGCUUUAUGUUUCUGCUACUACUAUGCCAGAACACUGAGGAGAACAUAAAACCAAUGGAUGGAUCCAUCAAGCCUGGCAUUUCCUUUGGAAGAGUGGGCUGUGAAGUGUCCUCACAAGCAAGGCAUAUAGACAAUGGCCUUUCCCUCCCUCUAACAUUUGCCUCUGGACAUAAAGGUUCCAUUUAGGCAUUGUGCCUCAUCAUUGUUGACAGACCUAUCCCUUCUUACUUUGCCUAACCCUGUUUAAAAGCCAUCUAAGCUUGUGGCUCUCUUCACAUUUUGUGGGAGUUAUUUCUAUGACUUAAACAGUUAUUAACUAAUUAAUUGUAGCUAUUUCCAUAAGUCAAAUGUGGGGGACCUUUGGCCUUCCAGAUGUUGUUGAACUACAACUCUCAGCA